AUGGUGAAGAAGAAAGGAAAGUCGGGGCGGACGAGCCUGAAGCAGAAGUACAAGAUCAAGAAGAGGGUCGCUGAGCAUCACCGCAAGCAGAAGAAGGAGGCCAAGAAGAACCCCACCACCGGCCGCAAGAUUAAGGACCCCGGAAUUCCGAACUCGCUCCCCUUCAAGGAAGAGGUCCUGGCCGAAAUCGCGUUUGCGAAAAAACGCGUCGAGGAUCGCAAAGUUCUCGCCAAGGAAAAGCGAAGAGCGGAGAUGAUGAAGAGGAGAGGGCUCACUCCAGACGGCCAGACGCUGGAAGGGCUCGUGUCCGGGGCGGAGAAAUCCCAGGAGGAGUUCCAGAAGGUCGAGUCGGGAAAAGUCGUGGCCGAGCACCAGGAUGAGGACGCGAGUGUGCGGCACGGCCAGAGCUCGAGAAGGGCCUACUUCCGCGAGCUGAAAAAGGUGGUGGAGACAGCGGACGUAAUUUUAGAGGUUUUGGACGCACGGGAUCCGCUGGGCAGCCGGGCUCAGGCGGUAGAGGCGGCAGUGCUCUCGAAGGCCAGCAAGAAGCUCGUUCUCGUUCUCAACAAGGUGGAUUUGGUGCCGAAGGAGGUGGUCGCGAAGUGGCUCAAGCACCUCCGACGGUCUUUCCCCGCUAUCGCUUUCAAGGCCUCCACGCAGGAGAACUCCUCCUCCAUCAAGCAGACCAAGGGCUCAGCCGACAAGGCUGCGGAUGGGAUGCUCAACAGGUCGGGCGCGGUGGGCACGGAGGCCCUGAUGGGCGUGCUGAAGAACUACUGCCGCAGCCUCAACCUCAAGACGGCCAUUACCGUGGGAGUCAUCGGGUACCCCAACGUCGGAAAGUCUUCCCUGAUCAACUCGCUAAAGAGGUCGAAAGCGGUGGGUGUGUCGGCGACGCCGGGCUUCACGAAGUCCAUGCAGGAGAUACACCUUGACAAGACGGUGAAGCUGCUGGACUGUCCGGGCAUCGUUUUCGACGACUCGGACGCAGGCGCGACCCUCCUCAGAAAUUGUGUGGACGCGGAGGCCAUGACGGACCCCACGCCGGCGGUGGCUGCUGUCCUCAAGCGCUGCGCGCCGGCGCAACUGAUGCAGGUGUACAGCAUCCCUCGCUUCGACCCGGACGACGCCUUCGCCUUCUUGUCUCUCGUCGCGAGGAAGAUCGGCAAGCUCAAGAAGGGCGGCGUUCCGGACAGGGUGCAAGCGGCCAAGGUCGUGCUGAGGGACUGGAACACGGGGAGGGUACCGUUCUUCACUGUGCCCCCUGAGGACGACAACGGGGGGGGUGCUGCAGGAGCCAAGGCCGCCGAGGCGAUGUUCGUGGAGGGGUUCGGAAAGGAGUUCGAUGUCGAGGCCGGGGACGCCGAGGUGCUGGGCGGCCUGCCCGAAAGAGACCCGAUGGACUUCGUAUCCAUGGAGGCGGAAGAGGUUUCCAACGGGAAGAGCUGGGCGGAACGGGAGCAGGAGCUCUCUGCCGACAAGGAUGACAUGGACGAGGACGAGGAUGAAGAUGGAAAUGACGACGAGAGUAUAGAGGAACAAGAGAGUGACGACGACGAUGACGAUACCGCCACAACGUCCAACAUGACAGAAGCAGUAGCGGCACCGGGGAAUGACGGAGGCAGGAACGACAAGAGGGCCGCACCCAGAGCGGCCCUUGAUGCUAUGCUUGCGGGGGACGCGGCCAUCAACCCUCAGGUUAACCGCUCGCUCAAGAAGGCGAGAAAGGCCGACAAGAAGAAGGCGAGGAGAGAGAUGAAGCGGGCGUCGCUGUCGCCGGGGAAGGGUGGGGAGGCCGUUGGGGGUGCGUACGACUUUUCGAGGGAUUUUUAUGCCAGCGGUGAGAAGGCUGCUGGAGAGGGCGCGGGGGAGCUUAGCGACGACGACGAGCUGUGAUCGGUUUUGAUAGGCUCUCUGUGUUUUGUUUUUUUUGUUCGAAAAGGGUUGAUGGGUUGUGCGCAGCAGUCGCUCGUGCGCUGGGAGCUUGGUCCGGUGUUGGCUGACAUGUUCGGUGAACGGAGAUUGAGAACCUGUUCAAUUACCGUUAGAGACCCAAACUGCACUUUUAUGGCGUGUACUCGUAGAGUCGCACAAGUGGUCUGACAGCUCGAUCUCGAGCCUGUCGAGAAAGAGAAUGGCCUUAAAAUUGUGCUACCGCGUG